AUUACAAAGUUGUUUAGAAAAAGAACUAAGGAAACCUAUACAAACCAAAAAUGCACACGCGGUAUUAAGUACAAUAAAAGCUAGAACCUCACAUGUAUACCCUGGAACAACAGAAUUGCAGAUGCCUGCAAAAUCAUCUUUAAUCGCUCAUGUUGAGACUAAUGGUAAACAUUACCAUGGAAAAGGACUAUCUAAAUCACUUCCUCGUCAAGAUGUAGCUGAAAAGGUAUUAAAAGAUAUAUUUUUUGAAAAAAUGGCAGUAAAAUCUACAACAUGUACAUGUGGUCAACCCGAUACACAAGCUGCUAAUUCAUCUGUGGAUAAAAACAAAGAAAAAAUUGACGCACAAAACGUCAUAGUCACGA